CAAAUUCCGUUCCAACGGCUACACCAUUAAAUUUGAAUCAAAGAGGCAAAGACACGAUUCGCUUUCCUUUCCUAAAACACCAUCGCUUCCAACUCAAUUCACCGCUUCUUCCACUUUCAAUUUCACUUCCCAAAACCCUAGAAAUCGGAAUCUCAUUUUUCUCCCAAAUUGAAAUUCUGAACUUCAAAUUCAUCAUCCUUAACAAUGGGAGAUUCUCCUCAUAACAGCAACGAUUACAUGAUCAAACAACACGAGCUUCGUAUAGCCCAAGAAUCACAAUCCUACCUUCGCGAACAGAACCUCUCACUCCUUCUCAAAUUGAACCAGAAAGAUAAACUCCUUCAACGCCACAAGUCUGAAGCGGAUAUGAAUACACGAGCUUUGAAGAAGUUUGAAUUGGAGAAUCAUAAACUUGCUUCCACGUGUCAGAAAUUGUUGGAUAAAGGGAAUAAUUUGGAGAAGGAGAUUGCGUUGUAUGAACAUGAUAGGGAAGCGCUGAUGGAAUUCGGGAAUGAAGCUGAUGAACGAGAACAACAGGCGAAGUCACGGGUUUUGGAAUUGGAAAGGAAUUUGCAAUUGGUUGUGGAUGAAUUGAAAAAUUUCAAGCAUCAAAAGGAUUUAAUGAUCGGUUCUUCUUCUACCUUAACAGUUGAGGAAAAGGAUUUACUUGACUCUCUUUGGGAAACACUUGCUAGCAAAGAUGAUGAUUCUACACAUGCAUUUUUGAAAGCAAAUCUUGAAAAUGAGUCGUGUAAAAGGCUGCUGAGUAUGUGGAACUGCCUAAAGCCAUCAAGUCAUAGAGUUUUGUCUCUAGUUACGAACAUCAAGUCACUUCAAAACGAUAAGGAGCAUCUAAGAACUAACCUUCAGAAAGCUGAGGAGGAGGUCAAAUUAUUGUUUGACGAAAACAGCAUAUUGGAAAAGGAGAACAAACAGCUAUUGAAGAAAUAUAAGGAAAGGAACCACCAUAGUUCGGGCGAGAAACAUACCAGUAGCCAAUCUGCCAAGUCAAACAAGAGAAAGUCUAGUCCGAGAACAAAUAGCCCAGUGGAGCAGAAAGAAAGGAACCACUCCCAUUCGAGCGAGAAACAUACCACCAGCCCAUCUGCUAAGUCAAGCAAAAGAAAGAGUCCCAGAACAAGUAGGAGUGGUGCAGUGGAGAGGAAGAUUGAUUUUGACGAUAUAGAUUCAGCAAGACAACCAUUAUCACCCUUAGCAAAUAACUCCCCAGACUGUAGAAUACAUAAGAAAUAAUGUAAGAUUAUGUAUUAAUAUAGUAUGGGUUUGAUCCAUUCUUCAGUAAUGAUUCCGAUUGACAUGUGAUUGAUUGCUCUUAGAAUCUAUAUUGAUCAAGCUUAUAUGGAAUGGGAGCAACUCAUCCCUACAAGUAACAUGUCUAUUUGAUUCUGAAAAUUGAGUCUAUUUUCAUUGAAGUUCUUUAUUGUUUGUUUUGACCAAGAAA